AGACACUAGGUGAACCAUAUAGAUGCACAUGUUUACGUCAUGAAAGAUGAGAACAAAGAUCAAAGAGUAAGUACUAUCUUAGGUUAAAUACCUCACACAAAUUCAGACAUCAAGAUGACAAUAAAGACGAUUAUUGCUUUGAUUUUUAAUUUAGGGGCUGUUGUAGUUGCACCACCAGGAGGGCAUGUACCAAGUCCAGCAGAAGUUGAUGCUGCUAUUGUCAAUAUAGAACUGCAUUAUAAUGAGGGGUUAUGUUUGGAGCUUUUGCUUGUGGACUGUGCCACUCAUGUAAUACAAGGAGACGAGAAAGUGUGCGGAUCCGACGGAAUUACAUACGAAAAUCACUGCAAAUUCAUACAUGCUAUGUGCGAGUUUUCCCACUCAACUGGGCAGCAUCAUCUAAGUCUUGGUCAUCGUGGCGAAUGCAUGACAAGUACAUUGCCCUCGCCAACAGCAGUUAUUGGAUCGACAAUGCCUCCAGCAACAUCGGUCAUGGAUUCAACAAUUUCCACAGCAACGGUAGUUAUGGGAUCGACUAUGCAACAAGUAUCAUCGGCCAUUGGUUCAACAAUGCUCCCAGGAACAGCGGUUCAAGGAUCACCAUCAACAAUGCAACCAGCAACUGUUGGCACUUCAACUACCACGGUGAUUGUGACAACCACAAAGGACCCUAUUGCAGAUAUCAUGCAAAAGGUGUUCUGUCAAAACGUUGCAACAAUCAACUGUGGAAAUUCGUUUGAAAUCCUCUGUGGAUCCGAUGGACAAUAUUAUCCAAAUCAAUGUGAGAUGUCAAAACAAAAAUGUAAGGACCCAUCACUUACCGUGGCCGACAAAUCUGUCUGUCCAGUUUCGGGGCGAUAAUUGAUAAAACAUCUUUAUUGUAUUCUUGGGAAAAUACAAAUAUAUUAGUUACUGUUUCAA